CUCGAAGCAAGCUAUUCGAUUUAGCCCAGCACUGAGCGUCUGUUCUAUAUAUUACGCCAUGAUCGCCCUUCUGUAUAAUUCAUUGGCUAGACACAAGAUAGCAGCAGCGAUACAUUUGGAGAAGAAGAAAAUAAAAUGUGAAAGCGUGCGCGAAGGACGAAACAAACUUACACGCAGCUUGUUGAUAUCGUCGAAUGAUCGGUCCACCAUAAAAGAGACACGAAUCCAUAUAUAUUGAUCUAAGUGUAGUCUACGGAAUAAUUGAUUAGUGUAGAGUGUAAAGAAUAGCACAAGCUUAUAAAGGUGUGCGUUGAUUACGAGAAUUUCGAUGCACAAUAGCAAAUACAACUGAGAUCUUGCUUGAAUACUGAGUGAUCGCCCAAAAUUAAAUUGUCAUAGAAGCUUUUUGAAGGCAUCCGUAUUUCAAAUAAGUCACUACGCUUACAAUGGCAACAAAAUAUCGAAGAGCUUCGACCGAGGAGAGUUUGGCGUUCAUCAGGCAAUCCCUCAAGUCCGAGGAGAUGGGACACCUCGAGGGUACGCACUUUGAAAACCUUGCCCCUCACGUUUUCGUCACCCUCGGCGCCUCGGGCGACUUGGCCAAGAAAAAGAUCUACCCGACGUUGUGGUGGCUGUUUCGCGACAACUUGCUUCCGCAAGCGACGACUUUCAUCGGUUACGCUCGCAGUAGGCUAAGCCUCAAGGAACUACGCGAGAAAUGCGAGCCUUACAUGAAAGUGAAACCAGGCGAGGAGGAGCGCUACGAGGAGUUCUGGCAGCUGAACCAUUACAUGGCUGGCUCGUACGAUUGUGCGGUUGACUUUACCGAACUCAAUCGACUGAUCGAGCAACACGAGAAUGGAAAUGGCCAAUUUGCCAAUAGGUUGUUCUACUUAGCACUGCCACCUUCGGUUUUCGAGACGGUCACCGUUCACAUCAGGCAUACGUGCAUGGCUCAAAAAGGCUGGACAAGAAUAAUCGUCGAGAAACCAUUCGGUCGCGACGCAGCUACAUCUCAAAUGUUAUCAGAUCACUUGGCUGGCUUGUUCAAGGAAGAGCAGCUCUAUCGAAUCGAUCAUUACCUCGGCAAGGAGAUGGUGCAAAAUCUCAUGACACUGCGUUUUGGAAAUCGAAUCUUCAGUCCAACGUGGAACCGUGAUCACGUCGCCUCGGUAAUGAUCACCUUCAAGGAACCGUUCGGUACUCAAGGUAGAGGCGGUUACUUCGACGAGUUUGGCAUCAUCAGGGACGUUAUGCAGAAUCAUUUGCUGCAGAUUUUAUCGUUAGUCGCUAUGGAGAAGCCUGCUUCUUGUCAUCCUGAUGACAUUAGAAAUGAAAAAGUUAAAGUCCUGAGAAACAUAAAACCUGUAACGCUGAAAGAUGUGGUUCUGGGUCAAUACAUAGGCGACCCCGAAGCAAGCGAUCCUGAGGCAAGACUUGGUUACCUCGACGAUAAAACCGUCCCAGCAGGCUCUAAUACACCAACUUAUGCUAUGGCUAAGUUGACGAUCAACAAUGAAAGAUGGGAUGGCGUUCCUUUUCUCCUUAGAUGUGGCAAAGCGUUGAACGAAAAGAAAGCUGAGGUGAGAAUUCAGUACCGUGACGUGCCAGGUGAUAUAUUCGACGGCAAGGGAAAGAGAAAUGAGAUGGUGAUUCGAGUGCAACCUGGUGAGGCAUUGUACAUCAAGAUGAUGACGAAAUCGCCUGGCAUUACUUUCGACAUGGAGGAGACCGAACUCGAUUUGACAUACAGUAAUCGAUACAAGGGUAUGAAACUGCCUGACGCUUAUGAAAGACUGAUCCUGGACGUGUUCUGUGGCUCACAAAUGCAUUUUGUUCGAAACGACGAAUUAAGUGAGGCUUGGAGGAUCUUUACACCUCUACUUCAUCAAAUUGAGAAGCAAAAGAUCCAUCCCAUCUCAUACAAAUAUGGUUCAAGGGGCCCUAAGGAAGCGGAUGAGAUGUCGAAACAAAACAAUUUCGCUUACUACGGCUCAUACAAAUGGGUUCGACCUUCGGCAUAAAGUAUCCGAUUGUUUAUUGUCGAUUAUUUAAAAGAAACAACAUGAAAAAAAAACUGUGAUCAUUGUAUUACCUACUUUUGAAUUUACAUGGACAAGCAUUCUCACAUAUUGUAUGUACAUUAUUUUUUAUUAGAAGCUAAUAGAUAUUUAUCUAUAGUAAACGCACAAUUUUUAAAAACUGUACUUCUGUUGAAAUCAGAUAUGAAAUGGUUUAUAUAUUUUUAGUAAAAUCAUUCCAACUUAUGUACGUUGUUGACUGUAAUAAUAUAUAGGUAUAUUUAUAAAUCUUGAUAA